CGGAUCCCCCCGCUAUGGGGCAGCAGGAGCCGGCGGGGGCCUUCGACUUGGGGGUCCUGCGCACCCCCAAGGGGCUGCUGCUGGGGGCCCAGUUGGACCUCCUCCGGGCCAUCAGCGGGACCAUCAUCUUCCUCGUCACGGCUCUGGUGGCCCUGGCCGCCUCCCGGGACGCCUUGGCCGCCACCACCUUCACCUUCAGCCUCAUCCUCUCCUUCCUCUUCGCCUUCGACGCCUUCGUCACCUACCGCACCGAGGUGGCCCCGGCGGUGGGACGGGAGCCCGACAUGGACUCAACCUAAUUGGACACCCCCCCCCCCCCCAAACUGGUGUCCCAUAAUCCUCCAGUCCCCUGCCCCAUAGCCUGGCCCCAUAACCCC